UUCAAAAAUAUUUGGCCCGGAAGCCAGGUUUGACUAGAAUGACUGAUGACGGAGUGCAGACACGUGCUCAUUUGGAAGCUCAGUUGGCUUCUUCUUUGGCUUUGGGAUCCCCCAAUGAAUAUCGCCAAUGCUUAUUGUCGUAUGUACGCCUUCUUGCAAGGUAUUAUUUCUUGUAUUUUUUCUUUUAUGAGUAUUAAAUUAUUUUAAUAUCAUGAUAACCUCUUAUGAGAGGGAUGGUGCUCAACUCAUUGUCAUUAAUCUUCAAGAAUAUUUAUUUAUCAAGAAGUGUGCAUUUGUUCAAACUCAAGGCAAGGGAUUGUAGUUAGCUAGAUAUAAAUAUAGUUGUAUAUAUUUAUUUUUUAACUAUCGAAUCACAUUCUGUGGUCUGUACUCUGUAUGAUUUUGGACUAUUAGCAAGCUAAACAAAGAUUAUAAUGAAAUAAUUACAGAGAAGCGGAUGAAUCUUGAUUACGAGAAGUCUGUGAAAGUUUCCUUGGACCUCCAACAGGCAUGACUGAAGGAGCAUCAUCGGAUAAGAAUUUGGCAUGGGAUCCUGUUGUGCUUGGAAUGAGGAAACACAAGCUCCUUAUUGAAGACAUUCUUCCAGCCAUGGCAUCAAAUAGGAAAGUCCAGAGACUGCUGAACGAAUUCAUGGAUCUCGUAUCCGAAUACGAAAUUACUGAUACUAAUCACGAUCAAAGAAAUCCAGUAUUACUCAAGACAGCUUCACCUAUCACCAAUCUAAUAGAGAGUGGUCAAUUACCGACAUACGUAAACGAUACUCCUGAGGAUGCAAUGAACAGCAAGGAUAACAAUGCUCGGAUGGUAAAGAGUCGCAGAAAUGAAGCAAAUGAACAUGAUCAAAUUGUUCAAGAUACACCAGAUCAGUAAUGAGGUUCUUGAGUCUUUUUCUGGUUAAUUAUUUUGGAGUUUGUUAUUCUUAUAUAGGAUUUCACCAACAUGGGGUGUUGUUAGAAGUGUCAUGGUUGAACAUUGAAUCUACUUUAACAUUUACAUUCUGUUACAUAUAUAUUAUUAUGCUUUAGAAAUUCUACUGUGUUGCUCAACACUUGAGUUCUACUCUAUAGCUAAGUCCGUUUUACAGGCUACACUUGUAAGGUAGCAAAAGUUUAUAUAGUAGCUGAAUUUAUGUUAUUCACAUCAUGGGUGUCUUUAAA